AUGGCGCGCCACAUACGGAACAGUCUAUAUUCUCAGACUGUUGAGGGACCUCUGGCGCUAGGUUCUAGCAGUUUUCACGAGGAGGAAAGUGGUCUUUUACGUUCCGCGGCUAACGAUGAAAUCCCUUUUAUUCACGCGGCCAGCGGAGAAGCCGCGCCACAGGGCCGGAGUCGGGGAGCGACGACCAUUAUUUACUUGGUGGGCUUGUCGGAAGGAUUAACACAUUUGGCCGCCUUGGCAAUUUACUACCUCUUGAAGGACGACCUGGGUUUUAGUCCGGCUGCAACCAGUGCGAUCUUGAUUUUGCCCGCGCUGCCUUGGUUUCUGAAGCCGGUGCUGGCCUUCGUCUCGGAUACGCAGCCGAUAUUGGGGCUGCGAAGAAAGCCGUACCUGAUCGUCUUUUCAAUUCUGGAAACAGUGGGCUAUGUUCUGCUGGCAAUGAAGUCUGACUCGAUUAUUGCGGUCGCUGCGGCACUGGCGAUUGUUUCUCUGGGAGCCGCCUUCUGUUCUGCAGUGACGGAAGCUUUAGUCGUCCAGUCGACUCACGCCGCGACUGGUUUACAGUCUCCGGAGGACGAGGAAGCCUCCGCUCAGGCAGCCGCAAACCGGUCGGUUACCGAGUUACUCGGCGCGAAGGCGAUUGGCAGCCUGGUAGUGGCCUAUUUGUCGGGGGCGCUCUUGGAAGUUUACACCAAGCGCCAGGUGUUUCUGGCGACCGCAACAUUCCCUUUGCUCAUCACCGUUUCGGCUGCCUGUUAUUCUGAAACUGGAGAAGAGCAACUGAUUUCUCCAAGACUCCAACUCCGAGUUUUAUUGGAGUUUCUUAAGCAGCCCAUAGUCUGGGGUCCGGCUGCAUUUAUCGUGAUGUUUAUGAUGGGGCCGGACUACGAUGAUGCGCUCUUCUACUUCUUCACGAGCAAGUUGGGCUUCUCUCCCACGUUCAUGGGCAGUCUGAGGUUCACAUAUGGCUUGGCUGCGUUGAUUGGAUUGGUCGCCUAUAACAGCUGGCUGCGGAACAGCAGUUACCGAUCAAUCAUGGUGUGGACUAUUUUAGUGAACUUCCCGAUCUACAUUUCGCCCUUGUUGCUCGUUUCUGGCGUGAACAAGAGGAUGGGAAUCAGCAAUGAAGUCUUUGUGCUUAGCGGGGGCUUUUUGGUUGAAGCAGUGGCGGAAUUGCAGCUCCUGCCCUUGCUGGUGUUUACCGCUCUUAUUUGUCCGCCCGGUUUAGAAGGGAGUGUUUACAGUGUUAUGAUGAGUGUUCGCAACUUGGGCGCGGCUCUGGGCAAGCUCAGCUCUAGCAUUGCUGCAUACCUGUUCGGUAUCACGGCCACCAACUUUAGCAAGCUGGUACCUUUUAUCCUCAUCUGCGGCAUCUUCACUCUCACUCCCCUCUUCUUCAUAAAACUUAUCCCCACCCCUGUCGAGAUGGAGGACGUUCGCAAGGCGAACGUCCGAGCAAAACUGGACAAGGACCAUCGACCGCCACUCAUUGAAUCCCAAGAGGUCUGGACUGACGUGCAACGUUCUCUCAGCUCUGCGGCGGCCCCCAACCCCUUCGAGGAACCCUCUGAACCGUCCAGUCACACCACGAACCCUUAG